CAACUUUCAUUAAACAAGAUCUUAUUUAGACCGAAAUAGAACCAUUUUAGGGCGUUAAAAAAAACGUACAUGGGACGACACAGUAUUGUUUUCUUGCUUGCUACAACAGCCAAGGACGGUUGCAAAGUGGAGCACAUGCCAGGGAAGCCCACUGCCAGCUUCAGCAACACCCUGACUUAUCAAGACAAAGAGACUGCCAUAGCCGUCUUCUCAGCGGUUAAAGAGACUUUCGUAAGCUUUGACAACAAAACAGGAUCCUUCAUCAUCAAGGUUACGGGCAUUUUUCUACUUCACAUCAAUAUGACGAUCGUAGAUCCUUCAGAAACUCACUACGCGGGCCUCUUCCUGAAUGACCAAGCCAUGUUUGCGUGCCAGAAAGGUGGCUUUCGGUGUCCACGUUACAACGAUGACGACAUCGACAGCAACAUGUACCGGAUCUGCAAUAUGGAUGGCACUCUGGAACUGCGUCUUGGGGAUGUCCUUCAGUUACGCACGAUGGAGGACAACAUGACAUUCCGUUUUGAGAGGCACCGGCAGUCCUCUUUCAAGUUUAUCUUACUGCAUCGAAAGUAGUGCAGUCCGUUUCAACCGAAGUACAGUAUAACACGGAUAGCUCGAAUUCGUCAGGACCGGCCUCAGUAGUUCGAGGGAUCCGUGGUUCGAGGGAUAUCCUACAAAGAUAAAGAAGAAGGAAAAAAGGGACCACAGGCACAGUUCGACGGAUGCGUGAUUUCGAGUCUUCUGUGUUCGACUUAUCCGUGUUAACCUGUAUGCAGGACCGACGGAAAUUCUUCGAUGUUUAGCCGGAGUUGGGUUGUUUGUUUGUUUUUUUGAGAGAGAGAGAGAGAGAGAGAGAGAG